AUGGCGUGGUUGCGCGCUGCCUCGCUUUUGCUGCUGGCGGGCAGCGCCCUCGGCGCUGACCUGCCAUCGAUUCAAAUGAAGGGCUCCAAGUUCUUCUUCCCAAAUGGCACACAGUUCUUCUUCAAGGGCGUCGCGUACCAGCAGGACACCGGCGCCGCGGGCACCACCUCCAAGAACGCGUCCAUCGUCGACCCCCUCGCCGACGAGACUCGCUGCAAGCAAGACGUGCCCCUUCUCGCGCAGCUCAACACCAACAUCAUCCGCACCUACGCCAUUGAUCCCACCGCCGACCACUCGGCAUGUAUGAAGCUACUCAACGACGCAGGCAUUUACGUCAUCUCCGAUCUAGGCCAGCCGAACCUAUCCAUCAACCGCGACUCGCCCCAGUGGACCGUGGACCUCUUCACGCGCUACCAACAGGUUGUCGAUGCGCUGGCCAAGUAUCCCAACGUGGUCGGCUUCUUCGCCGGAAACGAAGUUAGCAAUAGCCACAAUAACACGGCCGCGUCGGCCUACGUAAAGGCCGCGGUUCGAGACACCAAGCAGUACAUCAAAAACAAAAAGUACCGCUGGAUGGGGGUCGGGUACGCGGCCAACGACGACCUCGCCAUCCGCGACGAUAUUGCGAGCUACUUCAACUGCGGGCCGACGGACGAGUCCAUCGACUACUUUGGCUACAACAUUUACUCGUGGUGCGGCGACAGCGACUUUCAGAAGUCGGGGUAUGACCGGCUCAUCGACUUCUUCAAGGACUAUUCGGUGCCGACCUUCUUUGCCGAAUACGGAUGCAACCUCCCUAAUGGCGGCGCGGGGCGCGUCUUUGACGAAACCACUGCGCUGUACAGUGCAAACAUGAGCCAAGUGCUCAGCGGCGGCAUUGUGUACGAGUUCUUUCAGGACACCAACGACUACGGGCUGGUCAAGGUCGGCAGCGACGGCUCGCCGAGCAAGCAAAAGGACUUUUCCGCCCUGCAGACCAAGAUCCGCGGUGCCCAGCCCAAGGGCGUCUCCAUGUCCGACUACAACCCCAGCAACAAGGCCAUGAGCUGCCCGACCGUCAACUCGUCGUGGCAGGCCAGCGACACGCUGCCGCCGACGCCCGACGCCAACGUGUGCAGCUGCAUGGUCAAGACGUGCGAGUGCGUGCCGGCCGAUGGCCUCGCGGCGACGAGCUACAGCGACAUCUUCGACUUCAUCUGCGGCAAGGACGCGUCGCUGUGCAGCGGCAUCCAGGGCAACGCGACCACCGGAAAGUACGGCGUGUACAGCAUGUGCGACAGCAAGGAUCAGCUGGCGUAUGCGCUCAACGCCUACUACAAUGACCAGAAGAAGGCCAAGGACGCGUGCAGCUUCAAGGGUCAAGCCAAGACGCAGACAGCGACCAAGAACAGCAACUGCAGUGCGCUGGCUUCCAGCCCCGGAUCCAACAGCACCGGCUCGUCCGGCUCAAAAGAUAACGGCGCAGCUGGAACGCGCGGCGGGGCCCUGACUCUGGGUGGCCUCUGCUCAACGGUGGCACUCGUGUCUGCAGGGAUGCUGCUGCUGUAG